AAGUCUCCGCAUCAGGACAGUUUUUGUUAUAGCGCCCUCUCUUGAAUCAAAAUCUCCAAUGUUUCCAUGAUCAUACCAAUCGCCAUUUUACAAGUCCAAAUCCAAACUAAUCACGUAAAUUCCUCAAAUAAUUCCUAAAUAUCCAGGUUAAUCCAAUCAUCGAAUCACUUCUAUUAAUCACCAAAGUCCCGUGCGUGCAUCCUAAUCAACCACGGGUAUAUGAUCACCAAUAAAUCAAAGUUCAAGUACACCUUCUUUUCAUGGUCCUUCGAGCCCGUAUUUGAACCAGCGACCUACGGCUAUGGCUACGAAUGAAAUGGAGACCGAGAACAUUAACCAGACAACCCCUCUCGAUGAUACCCAUGCAGUUACCAUUGGCGGUGUUACUAUUCCAGUUGCAAGUCCAGCUACCAGUACACAUCCAGUCCCAGUUACUGUCACCAUCGUCGAGACCUCACCUUCCUCUACCGGGGUUUGCAGCACAGCUACAGCUGCAGCAGUUGGACUACAGACAAGUGCUGUUACCGUCCAAUCCCGUUCUCGGUCCUCUCGUGACAGACGUAUGCCGGCCCACUUUCAGGACUUUGUUAUUGACCACCAUCCUUCAACUUCCGGCAGAACAGAUGAACAUAGCGUUGUAACCACACAAACAUCUCGUUCACGGAGGAGUUCUCACUCAUCGAACUCACUCUACAGCGGACAGUCCCGUCACAGUAAAUCUUCCUUCAAGUCAAUACUGAGUGACUCCCAAUCAGCGAAACUCAAACAGCAACGCAAACAGGCUGAACUGGAAGAGAUGAAACGCCAGAUUGAGGAAGAUCAAUCAGCAGAUGAAGAGUUACAAAGGCUAGACGAUGAGGCAUAUGCCGCACGGAUACACGCAGACGAAGAAGCCCUUGCGGCUCGUAGACGUGCCGAAGAAAUUGAGCGAAAUGCUUUUCGUCAGCGCGAGUCUCUGAACACACGACUAUCAAGACAAAGAAGAUUGCGAGAAGUGGAACAACAGCUAAAUGAAGCACGACUGAUCACAGCCAUGGUCAACAGUGAUCCAGAACCAGAGAUAGAGAAACAGCAUCAAACUGUGACCCCAUCUUCUAUCAACCAAACAACAUUGUCUGACUCACCAACCCAGGGUCAAACAAUCACAGUCAGUGCUGAGAAUACUCACAUAGACAACUUGAGUGAUGUCCCUACAUACAGCAAUACUGCAGCUCAUAAGCACAAAGCUGAAGUACACGUAGUUGAUGUCACCACUCCGGCUGUUUAUUCUCCAUCUAAAGUAACACCACCAUCCAUGCAGCCGGCAGUUACCAAUCCGUACCCUAUGACUGCACCAACACAGUCGGUUGGUUGGGCACCACCUUUUCCAAACCCCUUCGCACAACCGUACCCGGCUCCAUCACAUCCAAUGGGGCCAGCUCCAGCACAAAUGAUGAUGCCGAACUCCACGGAGAUGCUGAUUGCCUCUUCAUAUGGCAUACCAAGGCCAGUACUACCUACCUUCAGCAGUGGAAAGGAGAAAGACUUUGCCCUCCUAAAAAUGGCACUCGAUAACCUGAUCGACGUUCAUCCCCACUUAACCGAGCCGUACAAGUACCAGGUUUUGCUGGGUAAACUCAGCGGGAACAUCAAGAGGUUAGCCGAAGCUUUCAUCCAUGAAGCCAAGCCAUACACUGCAGCUCUGCAAGCCUUGAAAGAAAGGUACGGUCAACCACGGCAGUUGAUACAGAGUGAAAUCAACUCCAUCCUGAGUAUGCCCCCUGUGAAGUACAACGACAAUGACGCCUUUGAGAACUUUUCCCUCUCCGUGCAUUCAUUGGUAGGGAUGCUUAAAUCUCUGGAGGGAGAGAAUGGCUAUGAAUUAAAGUGCGGUUCUCAUGUCGACCGACUCCUAAGCAAACUUCCAUCAAGCUACAGAGAUAGAUUUGUGGAGCACUGCAUUAGUAGAGACAUAAUUAAGGUAGACUCCAACAACACCUAUACCCUACUCCACUUUGCAAACUGGUUGCAAACGAAGUCCCGAGCGAGGCGAAUUGUCAGUCAGGCUACUGCUAUCCAGAAGAGUGACAACCCUUCUACUGAUAAGAAGGAUAAACACUUUCAGAAGAGGAAUGCUCCUGCAACAGCAGUAUUCGUCACAAACGAAACACCAACGAUGCCCCCAUCGACGAACACCACUUACUCUGGACAGAAGGGCCCAAACAGACCCAAAGCCUACUGUCCCAAGUGUAACGAGACAACACACUACCUCAACAGCUGUACAGAGUUUAAACAGUUGACAACCGAACAGAUCAUUAACUGGAUCAAGGAAAAGAAUAGGUGCUGGAGGUGUGGGCGUUCCCACAAGCCAGAAAACUGCACCCUGAAGAAACCUUGUAACACCUGCAAAGAACAGCACCUGACUGCCCUCCAUGCUGCCAUCCAGAGCGGAGCUAGUAAGGUUUACGUCACAGAAGCAGUAACGCAAGCCCUCUUCAUCGACCAACCCUCCCGACCACAUCAUAUUAUGCUAAAGGUGGUAAAAGUUCUGCUUCACGGACCAGGAGGGAUGAUAGAGACCUAUGCCAUCCUUGACGACGGUUCAAUGCGAACCAUGAUCCUAAUGCCAGCUGUUCAAGCGUUGAAGCUUUCUGGGGUAGAAGACAACAUACUCCUGGCUACAGUGCGCAGUGAGCCAUUCCUAUGUGCAGGAAAAUCAGUUAACCUGCAAGUGUCACCCAGGGACAACUCUGACGUCAGAUAUCCUAUCAAUGGUGCCUUUGCUGCCAACAACUUGUGCCUCUCUGAGUACUCGUAUCCUGUUGAAGCCCUCAAGAAACGAUGGUCACACCUUCGUCAGAUACCUUUGCCUCCGAUCAAUAAGGCUUGCCCACUAAUCCUGAUUGGUUCAGACUAUGCUGACCUCAUUCACCCGAUACAACCAGUUCGAUUUGGCCCCAGAGGAGCACCAUUAGCUGUAUGCACAAAACUUGGUUGGUCUCUACAGGGUCCAGCCAAUCUCCUUCAAAGCCAAUCAGAAGAGCAACAGUGCUUAUUCACGACAACCCUUCAGCCAACCACAGAUCUGCUUAAAAAUGUUGAACGACUCUGGCAAGCAGACAUCCUACCCUACUCUGAAAAGCAAGUCACUCGCUCGAAACAAGAUAAGCAAGCCAUAGCGACACUUGAAGAGAAAACCAUCAGAAUAGAGAUUGACGGAGUUCAGCGCUACGCCACUCCUCUACUUCGCACCAAAGACGACAACAAAUUCAGAGCUACUAAGGAAGCCGUCAUGCAAAACCUGAAGCGGAACGAAAGACGCCUCCAAAAACACCCAGAUAAAGCUGAAAUUCACAACAAGCUUAUCCAAACCCUUGUCGACACAGGCUUUGUGAAAAUCAUCAGCAACGAAGAAGCUCUGAAAACUGAAGAGUCCUGGUAUAUUCCGCACCACGUAGUUGAGCACAAUGGAAAACACCGCUUGGUAUUCAACUGCUCUUACGAGUAUGAAGGCAAGAUCCUCAACAAUCACCUACUACCAGGGCCAACACAAGGUGCUUCACUGCUCGGCGUAUUCCUGCGAUUCCGCCAACACCCUGUUGCCAUAUCUGGGGAUAUUCAGGCAAUGUUCCAUCAAGUGAGACUACUCCCUGAAGACAAACCUCUCCUUCGAUUUGUAUGGCGUAAGAUGAACCGAGACGUUGAGCCAGAUAUCUACGAAUGGCAAGUUUUACCAUUUGGCACCACGUGCAGCCCAUGCUGUGCCACAUUUGCACUACGCAAACACGUCAGCGAUGACAAGGAUGUCUGCAGUGCAGUUGACCAGGCAUUCUACGUCGACAAUUGCCUUGACAGUAAACCUACCAUAUCCGAAGCAAAGGAGCUCGUUAUGAAGAUGCGAAAGCUACUCUCAACUGGUGGUUUCAACAUCAGACAAUGGGCCAGCAACAUCCCUUCAGUAGUUGAUGAACUUCCAUCUAAUGCCAGAUCUGAAGGCUACGAGCUCUGGUUAGCCUUUGGUCAGAACGACUUGUCCGAAGGCACCCUUGGACUUCGAUGGCAAUGUUCAACAGACGAACUCAGUUAUAAACACAGAUCAACUGAGUACUCGACGCUCAACCUACGAACUAUCUACAAGAUUCUUGCUAGCCAGUAUGAUCCAAUUGGCUACAUUUCUCCCUUCACAGCACGUGCUAAGGUGCUAGUGCAAGACCUUUGGAAGACAAAACGAGACUGGGACGACCCUCUGGAACCAGGAAAGAUCCGUGAUCAGUGGCUCACUUGGGAGGAGGAGCUCUCCGACCUUCCUCUGGUUAAACUGCCGAGAUGUUACACCCCGCCUGAUGUCAACACAAUGACAAGGGGAACGUCAGCGUCAGUUUUCUCAUGUCUCGAUCCAGAGUAG